AUGAGUCAGACUUAUGCGUCAGUCUUUGGCACGUUUGUGAACAAGGACUAUGAGUCCGAGGAUGAGGUGAUGGGCCGUGAUUUCGGCACGUUUGUGAACAAGGAUUAUGAGUCCGAGGAUGAGGCGAUGGACACGGGCACGAUGCGUGUCGCCAGGUCAGACGAGCCGUCCGCCAAGUCAGCAGCCGCCACGUCAUCAGCGGAGGGCGUGGAGUCGUCUUCGGAUAACAUACGGCGCUGCGCUGGCGGCGUUGGGGGCGGGCAGCGCAAGGCCAAGCCGGCCCAGGCCAAGUCUGCUCCGUCCCGCAGGGCAGAGAGACCUCCAGUGCCCCCGAAGCAAGCAGCAGCAGCGGGCAUGGAACUGGAGGCGAAGAGGAGGAAGGGCACGGAUUUCUUUGCGGGGGCGAGACAGGCGAUGGAGGAUGGGACGAGGCAGGCCAUUGCUGAUAGCACCCGCCCCGCUCAAAGAGCCAGUCCUGGGCUGCAGGAUAAGCUAUCAGCGGUGUAUGCAGCGGGCAACACGGUCCCCAUCCCCUUCCUCCGAGCAUGCGACAUCUACCCCUCCUCCCUCAUCGCCUCAUCCGGCCCCGACGGGGCUCCCUUUGAUCAGUGUGGGCUGGAGGCGAUUCAAGAGCUGUCAGGGAGUGGUGGGCUGGCAGGCAGCAAGGGCGCCAGACGAACACCUGCUGCUGAGGUGAGGCGGAACACUGUGAGGUAG